GUUUCCGGUACUAGAACUGUCAACACUACAGUGAUAAUAUCCAGUGAAAUUAAACGAACAAAAAUAGUUAUAGCGCACUUGGAACAGGGACUUCGUAACAAAACACGAGUAAAACUACUAAGAAGUGUUAACAAAUAAUCAGAACUGUGUUACUGUGGAAGAUCACUGAAAAUUAAAACCACGGAUCAUCGCGGAGUUGAGGUUAGAAACACAACAGACAAGACAAUAUUAUUACUCAUUGACAUUGUCAAACACCGCCAACAAAAUUGACGUUACAGUCAGUGUUGCCAACUGCAAUAAACAUUUCUACCAUUUUCUACUAUUACGUUCCAACAUACGCAAAUACAACUAAAUAAUAGUAAAAUGGAGGGACAAUUCCAAACAUUAUUUGAUAAUUUGAAGAUCGAGAUGCAAAAACAGAAUGAAGAUUUGAAACAAUCCGUCACAAAAAAUAUUUUAGACAAAAUGGAAGAGAAGUUAAUUCCUAUAGUGGAAGAAAAUAAAAACCUAAAGGUCAGAGUAGAAAAAUUGGAAAAAGAAAUAGAGUAUCUAAAAAAAGGAGGGAGAGAGAAUAAUAUCAUAGUAUUCGGCCUGGAUGAGAAAGAAACGUCUACCAUUGAGUUAUUACGGGAAUUUAAGGAAAAUCUGAAAAACGACUUAAAUAUUAAUAUGGAAGACUAUGAAAUAAACAAGAUCUAUCGUUUAGGUAAGAAAAACAGAGAAAGCAACAAGCCGAGGCCGGUAUUAUGUUCGUUUAUAAAUAACUGGAAAAAGAUGGAAAUCAUUAAAAACAAAAAACACCUAAAGAAAAUUCAUGUAUCUGAGGACUACUCAAAAGAAGUAUUAGAAAAGAGAAAAACACUACAAGCAGAUUUAGCUGAAGAGAGGAAAAAAGGCAAUAUAGCAUAUUUGAGACACGACAAACUAAUAAUAAAAGAGACCAACAACAACAGCCAAGAGAAAAGGAAAAGGGAAUCAUCUGCCUCACCCUCUGAUUAUAACAAUCAGCCUAAAAAGCAACUGACUGUAUCCACAACCAAGACCAACAGAACAAACGCUUUUGAUAGGAUGCGUUCCAGCUCUCUUUCUAAUAUAUCUACUACCAAAAAACAAUAGCAAUUAA